AUGACUUCCGCUCUCGAUCAGCUUAAGGCGGCCGGCACUACUGUCGUUUGCGAUUCUGGUGACUUCGCCAGCAUUGCUAAGUACAAGCCUCAAGAUGCUACUACCAACCCCUCUCUCAUUCUUGCCGCCGCAAAGAAGCCUGAAUACUCCAAACUGAUCGAUGCCGCCGUCGAGUACGGUAAGGCCAAGGGCGACUCCCUCGACGAGAAGGUGGACGCCACCCUUGACCGUCUCUUGGUUGAGUUCGGCAAGGAGAUCCUCGCCAUUGUUCCCGGAAAGGUUUCCACUGAGGUUGAUGCUCGCCUCUCAUUCGACAAGCAGGCCUCCAUCGAUAAGGCCCUCCACAUCAUUGACCUGUACAAGUCAGUUGGUAUCCCGAAGGAGCGUGUUCUCAUUAAGCUCGCUUCAACCUGGGAGGGUAUCCAGGCCGCCAGAGAACUCCAGAGCAAGCACGGCAUCAACUGCAACUUGACUCUCAUGUUCUCGCUUGUCCAGGCCAUUGCUGCCGCUGAGGCUGGUGCUUUCCUGAUCUCGCCCUUCGUUGGACGUAUCUUGGACUGGCACAAGGCCGCUACUGGAAAGACUUACACUGCCGAGGAAGACCCUGGUGUCAAGUCUGUCCAGAGCAUUUUCAACUACUACAAGAAGCACGGCUACAAGACCAUUGUCAUGGGUGCCUCUUUCCGUAACACCGGUGAGAUCACUGAGCUCUGCGGAUGCGACUACCUCACCAUCUCCCCCGGCCUUCUUGAGGAGCUCUACAACAGCCAGGCAGCUGUGCCCAAGAAGCUCUCGGCAGAGGAUGCCGUUAACCUCGACAUCAAGAAGGAGUCUUACAUUGAUAACGAGCCUGAGUUCAGGUGGUUCUUGAACGAGGACCAGAUGGCCACUGAGAAGCUGAGCCAAGGUAUCAGGGCAUUUGCCGCCGAUGCCGUUACCUUGAGGAAAAUCCUCGCCGAAAAGAUCAACGCUUCAUCGUAA